GGCCGGUGGACCUCAAGGAUGAGGCUGCUCAGGGUGCUGAUUUUCCUGGCUCACCUUGGAGCGGCCAGGACUGAGACAGGGAAGUUCUGGCACAUCUCUGACCUGCACCUUGACCCCAACUACAAUGCAUCCGGAACCCCCCUCCAGGUGUGCCCAUCAGCCGGCUCCCAGCCAGUGCCCAACGCGGGCCCCUGGGGUGAUUACCUCUGCGAUUCUCCCUGGGUCCUGAUCAACUCCUCCAUUCACGCCAUGAAGGAGAUUGAGCCGGAGCCAGACUUCAUCCUCUGGACUGGUGAUGACACCCCUCAUGUGCCCAACGAUGAGCUGGGAGAGGAAGCCGUGCUGGGAAUCGUGGAACGCCUCACCGCGCUCAUCAGAGAGGUCUUUCCAGAUACUAAAGUCUAUGCUGCUUUGGGCAACCAUGACUUUCACCCCAAAAACCAGUUCCCAGCAGAGAGCAAUAAUAUCUACAACCGGGUGGCAGAACUGUGGAGGCCCUGGCUCAGUAAUGAGUCUGUUGCUCUCUUCAAAAAAGGUGCCUUCUAUUCUGAGAGACUGCCAGGGCUCGGCAGGGCGGGGCGAAUCGUGGUCCUCAACACCAACUUGUACUAUAGCAACAACAAGCAGACGGCUGGCAUGUCUGACCCUGGUCAGCAGUUCCAGUGGCUGGAAGAUGUGCUGACCCGUGCCUCCCAAGCGAAGGAAAUGGUCUACAUCAUUGGCCACGUGCCCCCGGGGUUCUUUGAGAAGACGCGGAACAAAGCCUGGUUCCGGGAGGGCUUCAACGAGGAGUACCUGAAAGUGGUCCGCAAGCACCACGGGGUCAUCGCGGGGCAGUUCUUCGGGCACCACCACACCGACAGCUUCCGGAUGUUCUACGAUGACGCAGGUGCCCCCAUCAGCGUCAUGUUCCUCACACCUGGGGUCACGCCAUGGAAAACCACGUUGCCUGGAGUGGUCAACGGGGCCAACAAUCCAGGCAUCCGGGUGUUCGAAUACGACCGGGCCACACUGAGCCUGCAGGACAUGGUGACCUACUUCGUCAACCUGAGCCAGGCAAACGCGCAAGGGACUCCGCGCUGGGAGCUCGAGUAUCGGGUGACAGAAGCCUACCGGGUGCGCGACGCCGGCGCCCGCUCCAUGCAAGAGGCUCUGAAGCGCAUCUCCAGCGAGCAGGCCGCGCUGCAGCGCUACUACGUCUACAACUCCGUCAGCUAUGACCUGCAGGCCUGCGGCGCCGGCUGCCGCGCCGAGCACGUGUGCGCGCUGCGCGCAGUGGCCUUCGACGCCUACGCCGGCCCGAGGGCCAAGCGGGCUUGGGGAGGCUAA